CCCAAGCAUGUACAUAUCAGCAUUACUCUCUUUAUUGAAGAAAAAGCUAGGAUUAUCAGCUUGCUUUAGGAAUAUAAAGAUGUCUUUGCUUGGAAUUAUGAUGAGAUGCUAGGACUUGAUCCAGCCGUGGUGGCACACUCUUUAAAUGUUGAUCUCAAAGCAAAGCUGGUUAUGCAGCCAAAUCAUGCUUUCGAUCUUGAAGUCACUAUCAAAAUUAAGGAAGAAGUUAAGAAACUCCUGGCUGCAGGAUUCAUUAAGCAAAACAAGAAGCCCACUUGGUUGGCCAACAUUGUACCAGUUCAAAAGAAAAAUGGGCAAAUUAGGUGUUGUGUUAAUUUCCGUGAUCUCAAUAAAGCAUGCUCGAAGUAUGAAUUCUUUGUGCUAAACAUGUAUGUGUUUAUGGAUAACACCACUGGCUACGAGAUGUAUUCUCUUAUGGAUGGCAAUAGUGGAUAUAACCAAGUCAGCAUGUGCCCCAACGAUGUAGUGAAAACUAGCUUUCACACUCUUGUCGGCAACUUUUAUUAUGUUGUUAUGCCUUUUAGAUUUAAAAAUGCUGGGACUAUUUAUCAAAGAGUCAAGAUUACAUGUAUAAAUCCUAUUGUCAUCAAUGGACAAGAUGUUGUGGAGUUGCUAUCUAAAUUUUUUGGUAGUGUCCAACAUCUUAUUUCUGACAAAGUCUCAGGUGGUGAGGUUGCUUCUGCACAAGAAAUUGAAAAAGAAUGCACAUUGUAUUUUGAUGGCUUUUCUACAGCUAAAGGGGCUACGGCUACGGCUACGGCUACGGCUACGGCUAUGGCUACGGCUGAGGCUAGCAUUGUUCUUAGAGAUGAUAAAGGCCAUGAUAUAGUAUUUUCAUUUAAGCUUGAUUUUUUGUGCACAAACAACAUGGCUAAGUUGGCUGAUGCCUUAGCCAUAAUUGCUUCAAAGGUGCCCAUAACCGAGAAUCCUUUCAGUUUCCAAGUCAUCCGAAAUGAGCACCCAAUUUAUCAUGGCCAUGAAUUUGUUCUACCCCAGCCGCCUAACCAUGUUGACUUGCGAUAUGAGAUUUGUAAUGCUUUACUGCAACAAAGGCUUGAUGUGCCUUUAAAGGACUUGUCUAGCUAUGUUAUCAUUUCUUGUGAACUAUACUAUUGCCUCUCUAGCGGUCUCAUAACUAGGUGCAUCAGCAAUGAAGAGGCUUAUCACAAACUUAGAGAAAUCCAUGAUUGCACAUAUGGCCAGGACAACUGUGCGAGCCUAUACCAUCGAAUUCACCGAAUAAAUGCAGAGGAAUGUGAUGAACAUCAAGGAUGGAGAAAGCUGUAUGAGCAACUCUUGGCUCAUGGCUACUACUGGCCAAGUAUGAAACAAGACGUUGCAAAUUUGUCUGGCAAUGUCACACUUGAUAGGCCAAUUGAGGACUUAGAAUCCAUCAAAGCACUUCACCAAACAGCACAAGAAAAGGCUAAAAAAUAUCAAUCCAAGAUGACAAAUGCCUACAAUCGUGCAGUCAAAGCUGGAGUUUUCACAUUUGGCAAAUGGUUCUCAAAGCCUCCGAACAUGUGAGGAAGAACAUUGCUGGCCUAUCCAAGUUUGUUGCAAAUUGGGACGACCCCUUCAUCAUUACAAAAGCACAUAACAAUGAGUACUAUCAUCUCAAAACUCACAAGGGAGAGUCAUUACUAGACCCCAUGAAUGCCAAGUGGCUCAAGCCGUGCUAUUGCUAGGCUUUGCCAACAUCGCUCAUUGAUAAGUAAGCAUUCUUCAUUUUUUAAUUUUACCUCUAGCAAUGUGAUUUAUUCUACUAAAAAGGGUUGAUUCUA